CCUUAUACUUUUAUAACAGUUAAAUGUCAAAUUGGACGGCUGUUUAAAUGAUGAAGCUUGAGAAUUCCGAUCUCGGAGAGAGGAAGUUCCAAAUCGAGGAUAAAUUGGAAAAAGAGCUUAACAAGCUCAAAGUUAUAAGGGAGAAUGUAGCGAAGAGCAAUCAGAUAACGACUGGUAUGGUCAACAUCUUGUCUUCGUUCGAGCAUCGUCUCGCCAGGCUCGAAGAGACCAUACUGCCUGUCUACAACGAAACUGAAAACCUUCAGAGGAGGCAACAAAACAUCGAAAAGGCCCUAACUUCGCUUGAUAACGUCAUCAGCUAUUACAGCAUCGCUGAAGAGGUCGAUGGCACCGUCCGAGCCGGCCCAGGAUCGUCGACUCUCGACGACUACAUCAACGUCUUGAACAAAGUCAAACAGGCGUUGAACUAUUUCGAAAAGAAUAAUCCUCAGAGUGUGGAACUUGAGAAUGUGUCAUCUUGUUUCAAUAUUGGAAUAGAUUUAUUAUGCAGGGAGUUCAGAGAGACGCUACUUAAGCACAGCCGUUCAAUACCUCCCAUUACUUUAAUCGACCUUGUUACUACUGAUGAUGUGAGCGGUGAUGACAUUUCUGUCGGGAGUUUCGGGGGCAUGAGUGAAAGUGUCACAGCAGACCUGGCGACAAUGUGCUCCUGGCUUUUGGCGCAAGGGAACCAGCAAGUGCUCGAAAUUUACCACAGAGCCAGAAGUGACUCGAUGCUCAAAUCGGUCAAGCACCUUGUCGACCAGGAGAAGUCGAACAGCGGCCACCAUUCUCCCAGCAUGAGGCCGAAGUUUCAAAGCAGGCACGACACAUCAGGUAGAAGUGCUUCGAAAAGGCUGCAAGCCGUUUUGGAAAAAAAAGCAAACAAAAUGCUUCUGAAAGCGUCGCAGACUUUGGAAAGCUCGACUGGACUGACACUCGGAAGCCGCAGGUCUGGUGGAUUCAAUUUCGAAAAUCGAGAAGAUAUUGUUGAUGAACAGGAAAUGGAAUCAUAUCUGAUGUGCGUCAUUGCCGUUCAGAAGCUGAUGUCUCUGGAAAGAAACCUUAUGGGAAAUAUCGUCCCAGCGUCUCAUCACCACAAAGUUUUCCAGUCAAUCAUCCAAGAAUCUCUCGAUACUAUCGUCCACGAUGGAGAAAAUAUAGCUUCAAGAGCGAAAAGAAGCAUAGGAAGGCAUGAAUUCGGUUCGAUUCUCAUGAUCCUGGCGAUACUUAAGAAUCUCGCAGCUAUAAAGCCUGAAUUUGAAAAAGCGGUCGAAGGAUGCGAUUACAAUAUAAGAUCUCAGUUCAAUUCAAUCCUCAACACCCUUCACACUACAGUUGCAAAAGGAUUGGAAGAGGUUGUAGAAAGCCUCAGAAAUGAUUCAUCAUCAGGCCUACCAAAAGACGGCACAGUGGCCGAACUUACGAGCAACAUGCUCGUCCUACUGUGCAAUCUUGCUGAUUAUAAAGAAACGAUUGAAACUGUUUUGUCUAAGCCUCAUGGAUCAUCUCAAAAUCAUCUUGCUGUUUAUAUUAAAAAAGUUUUAUCCCAGUUGAAUUGUACGCUGAUAAGCAAAAGUGAGGGGUACAGUGAACCAGGGGUUAAAGCGAUUUUCCGCCUCAACAACUGUCAUCACGUUUUAAAAGCGCUUCAGCGAUCUUCGCUUUUGGCCCUUGUCACAAUAUGCGAACCUGAUUGCGAACAGACGUACCUCGACAUGAUAACAGCACAUAAAAAGGCGUACCAGCUAAGUUGGAACAAAGUUUUGAGUUACAUCGUCCCCAUCGAUGAUGGUGUCAUAACAUCUGGACGCAUGAAAGACAAGGACAGGGGCAUCAUCAAAGAGCGUUUCGCAGGUUUCAACAAAGAAGUUGAGGAGAUAUCGAAACUACAAAGGACCUAUUCCAUACCGGAUGUCGAACUCAGGGAAAGUUUGAAGCGAGACAAUAAAGAAUACAUCCUUCCAAAAUACAACGCAUUUUACGACAAGUUUUCAAACGUACCUUUUACAAAAAACCCAGAAAAGUACGUCAAAUACACACCGGACCAAGUGGCGUCAUUGAUUGACCGUUUCUUUGAUUUAGCAGCUUAAAGGGAAAAUUUUCAUACUCAAAUAAAGGCAAUAAGUAUUAUUUUAAUAUAAGUAUCAAAUAGCAAGCAAUAUUUAUAAUUAUUUAUGAUUUAUAAAUUAUACAAUUAUUAUAUUCUGUAAUUUAACUGUGUAAAUAUAGUUUAUUUUCUUAAACACUUA